AUGAACGCUCUCACACGGAACAUAAAGACGCUCUCCCCGCGCAUGGUCAGAGAGGGCAUAGAAUCCGAAGAUGAUAAAGGUCACACCACCAUAUACAGGUUCAUCCAUGAAUGCAUCGUCCCUAAAGCGACACCCGACACUGACUGUCCGCCUCUACACGUCCUGGCUUAUGCUGUGCGCCGAAAUAUAUGCCCUACCAUCCUCCUUGAUCAUAUUCCGGAUACACUCCAGCUGCUCGCCCACGUCGAGUGCAUCCGCCAACGAUUCGCCGGAAGACUCGAUGAAAUUCUCGAGGCAGACCGCAGUUUGCGGAGCAAACCAGACCCAAUGUCGAUCCCGCUCAGCGGCGACGAGAGGAUAGAAAUCAAGCAAAUGAGGAGCAGUAUUGGCAAGAAGAUGCGUAGGACGUUCAGAGAGAUCGUGAACGGCUUUUCUCUUUACCAUGUAUAUGAAAGAUGGGUUCUAGACGUCGAGCUGGACGCGCUACUCACCAAAUACUUUCCCAUCCCGUCGCUUUGGCAAGAACCCGUCUCAGGCAUCGAGCACCAGCACCUCUUCCAUUACAAGCUGACGGAGGACGAGCGCGAAGAUCUCGAAGUCACAGCUCAAGUUUAUUUCGACAUGCUGGACAAGGUCCUCGAAGAUAACCCCCCUGAUCUUUCACCGAAAGACUUUCGCGAAAAGUAUCCACGCCCCGAGCAGGCCGAUCCUGAACGUCUUACGAAGUUGACACACGAGUUUCUGGACAGGCUCGAAAGUGCGAUUCACAAGGUCAAAGACAUCCUCGCUACCGCCGAAAACUAG